AUGGGUCACGAUGACAAACUUCCAGCUUAUGCGGACACCGUGGGUCGAAAGGAGCCUUCCGCCCAGUCUCCAGACGAGGACGAGACUCACACCGUCUGGCUCACCUUCACUGGCGAUUGUACCAAUUCCAGCCCAACGACGAUUCUUCUCCCAUCCAGCAGCACGUUCUUCGACUUUCAAGCCAAAAUCAAACAACGCUAUCUCGAAACGCGCUCCAUCGCGGCCGACAGAAUCGCAUUCAUCUGGUCCACCUUCCUUGUCGAGACGGGCUCUUCAGUCUCCGACACCGACAGCAGACGUGACGCUGCGAAUGGAAUUUAUCUUGACGAACACAAUUGGGACGCCUUGAAGCCGACCAUCCUCACCAUCCCACGUCCAGAGUCGUCCUCCGAACGGUUGCAGAAGAAGAAACUUCACAAGCUUGGCGAUGUGUCUUCCUUCUCUGAAUGCACCACCUCGAGGCUGAUUGUGACGUUCUGUGACAUCGACUGGACGGAGACUCGGCGAGCGGCGAAGAAUCCAGAGAUGCUGGAGCGACAGCAGAAGGCGCAUGAGCGUAAUGAGAGGGCGUAUUUGUUGCAGGGGAGACAUUUGCCGCCGCCGAGGAUGUCGACUUGUGUUCUGAUGUGA